AUGCAGAUGGACCAUCCAGAGGGGCUGACAGUGAACAGGAGCCUGAUGGAAACAGUUAAAGUUGCCAAGUUGGACGACGUCUUCAGUCCCCCCCUGCAGAUGGAGCGCACCAUAGAUAUAACCAGCUGCGCCAAAUGGGUCUAUCCGCUCAGUGAUAGAUUUCCUAUGUGCGUCCCACACGUUCUCAGUCAGAUCCACCGUCAGAUCAAGCCUGUUGUCUUCUCUGACCACUGCCUCCUGCUGGCCGGUUGUCACCUACAGGAUAACCAGCGGGCCAGCAAGGGAACGCGGAAGCUGAAUGUGAAACCGUUGACCCGAGAAAACAUUGAGGAGUUGAAAAGGGAUUACACAGGAGCAUUAGAAAGGGGAAAAGAAGUUACACCGAGAUAUUAUCCCAGGCGAUUGUCACAGGUUUUAGCGCAUCUUCAAGGAAGAAAGAGAAAUAGAGAGAUGGAGAGUUUCAGGGAGGGAGCUCCAGAGCUGAGGGUCUCGGCAGCUGAAGGCCCAACCUCCAAUGGGGAGAGAGACGAAAAUAAGAUGUUCAAGAAGCCGGAAGUAGAGGAGCAGGAUUCUCGGAAGCCAAUCCCACGUCACUUUCUCAGUAGUAACGCCACCUCUGGAUUCCAGUUCACUGCCGCUCCUGCCACCACUCUGACUUCCUCAAUCCAGGCUCCACUCCUCAGAAACCUCCGAGUAAAUUGGGCCUUAGCGAAUCUGGUCGAGAAAGCUCGAAAAUUAAAGCUGAAUCCGAAAGAGAAGGAAAGUAAACGUCACUGUGAGAUACAUCAGGAAGAUCUGAAGCUGUUUUGUGAAACUGACAAGGAAUUGAUCUGUUUGAUUUGUAGAGAUUCGCGGGAACACAGAGAUCACCGCUUCAUCCCGAUUAAAGAAGCUGUUGAAAUCUACAAGAAUCAGCUGCAAUCUUCCUUAGAUUCUCUCAAAGAGGAGAAAUUGGUGUUUCAAGAAACCGAACAGAAAGAGAAACAGAAGUUUUCCGAAGUUAAGGAACAGGCGAGCAGUCUGCAGACCCCCAUCACAUCCGAGUUCACUAAAAUGCUGCUCACUGAGAAAGAGCAGAGCUUACUCAGAGAUCUCAGGGAAGAAGAGGAGAGCAUUCUAGAGCGAAUGGAGAAAACCCUUCGAGAGAUUCAGGAGAAGUUAAAUUCUAUUGAGGAGAAACUCUCAGAGUUGCAGAAACAGAUGCAACAAAAAGACGAGCUGAUAUUUCUGAAGGAGGCAGCUUGUCGGAAGAGAAGGAUUAGUGAGUAUGAGCUCAUGCUCUCAGCUGCUGAUGCCUCUCUGCCUACCAGAAAGUAUACUGGCCCUUUAGAGUACAUACUCUGGAGAGAAAUGAUACACACCAUUCACCCAGCUCCAGCAUCUCUGACUCUGGAUCCGAACUCAGCGCAUCCCCGGCUCAUCCCGUCUGAAGACCGGACCAGUGUGAGACUCGGAGACAAACGGCAGAUGCUUCCUGACUUCCCGAAGAGAUUUGAUCCCUGGCAAUGUGUCUUGGGAUCAGAGGGAUUCACAUCAGGGAGACAUUACUGGGAGGUGGAGGUGGAGGAGAAGACUGAAUGGAUUCUGGGAGUGGCCCGAGAGUCAGUGGAGAGGAAGGGGAAAAUCUUCCUGUACACGGAGACUGGUUUCUGGAUUGUGAGGCUAUUGCCCAGAAAUGAUUAUUUUGCCGCCACCUCACCCUCACGGACACACCUCCCCCUGAGUGUGAAUCCCCGGAAGAUCGGAGUUUUCCUGGACUAUGAAGGUGGAGAGGUGUCAUUUUACAAUGCGGACACCAUGUCCCAUCUUUACACUUUCACCCACAUUUUCACUGAAAGGAUCUUUCCCAUCUUCAGUCCUGGACGGAAUAUUGAUGGGAAAAACUCCGCCCCGCUGACAAUCUGCGGGAUUAAAGGGCACUGA